AGCUGUCAAACGAUAGCAUUAAACGUUGUUGGUCAAUUGGAUUUAUUUUUUGUACAAAGUUUGUAGUUUUUUAAGGUUUAAAACAAAUUAAAGAAGCUAAAACCAAUCAAUUUUAUUGGAGAUUGCAUUAAAGAAAAUCACCAUGCCUUCAAUAGAAGCUGAGACGACUGUUGAAAACAAUCAACAGUCGAAACCAAUGUCCGGACCAAUCAUUGGCAUUAUAUACCCUCCUCCAGAGGUUAGAAAUAUUGUGGAUAAAACUGCAAGUUUUGUAGCUCGUAAUGGUCCAGAGUUUGAGGCUCGUAUCAGGCAAAAUGAAUUGGGUAAUCCCAAAUUUAAUUUCUUAAGUUCUGGAGACCCCUAUCAUGCAUACUAUAGGCAUAAAGUAACAGAGUUUAGAGAAGGCAAAGAUGCUUCAGCUCCAAGCGUUUUGACGGGACUUAAACAAUUAUCAGUUACCAGUGCCGCUCAACAGAAGCAGCAGGAACUUUUGAAACAAGUUGCUGAACAACAAUUUGUUCCUAAAGAUCCUCCUCCGGAAUUUGAAUUCAUAGCAGAUCCACCAUCUAUAUCGGCAUUGGAUUUAGAUAUUGUGAAGUUAACCGCUCAAUUCGUGGCCCGUAAUGGACGUCAAUUCUUGACAAAUCUUAUGAAUCGUGAACAGCGUAAUUUUCAAUUUGAUUUUCUACGACCUCAGCAUUCGCUGUUUCAAUACUUCACUAAACUCUUGGAACAGUAUACGAAAAUAUUGAUACCACCCAAGGAUUUGUUGGGUAAGCUGCGUGCAGAAAGUGGCAAUAAUCGUGUCUCUAUGAAUAUCGUUUUGGACCAGGUGAAAUAUCGUGCAAAUUGGCAAAGGCAUCAGGAGGCACAAAGGCGCAGGGAAGAAGAAAAAGUCGAAAAGGAAAGGGUGGCCUAUGCUCAAAUUGAUUGGCAUGAUUUUGUAGUCGUGGAGACAGUUGACUAUCAGCCCUUUGAGACGGGUAAUUUUCCACCACCCACAACCCCCGAGGAAGUGGGUGCACGUGUCUUAAUGGAGGAACGUUUACAAGAGGAAGAUGGUGACAUUGAAAUGCAAAUUGAAUCAGAUGAAGAGGACAGUGAUGAUGCUCCUGCUAGUGGUGGCGCUGUAAAGCUCUCUCAAAUGGAAAAUCGUAUUGGCAUUCACAUGAAAGAUGUUACAUAUCAAAGUCAAGCCUCCAAAAAGGACAAUACUCAAGUGCAAGAUAUGGACGAGGCAUCUAGUGAUGAAGAAUCUCCUUCAACUGGUAAAAUGCAACCACCGGUGGCACCUCUUAUGCCACCCACACACGAUAAGGUGGUGGUUAAGAAAUACGAUCCUAAAGCUGCCCAAACUAAACCAGCUAAGCCGGCAACAACUGAUGAGUUUCUUAUCUCGCCCAUUACUGGUGAAAAGAUUCCAGCCUCUAAGGUUGCUGAGCAUAUGCGCAUUGGUCUUUUGGAUCCACGUUGGGUGGAACAACGUGAUAAGCAUACAGUGGAGAAAAUCAAUCAAGAAAAUGUCUAUGCCGCUGGUACUGCCAUUGAAGCCAGUCUUAAGCAAUUGGCUGAACGUCGUACAGAUAUUUUCGGUGUGGGUGAUGAGGAGACAGUAAUUGGUAAGAAAUUGGGCGAAGAGGAGACCAAAAAGGAUGACCGUGUCACUUGGGAUGGUCAUACAUCUAGUGUGGAAGCUGCCACUAGAGCAGCUCGAGCCAAUAUAACUCUGGAAGAUCAAAUACAUCAAAUUCAUAAAGUUAAGGGCCUAUUGCCAGAUGAAGAAAAAGAAAAAAUCGGUCCCAAACCUGUGGGCAACAAAUCAGGUGGGCAGCAUCAAAAUCCAGCUAAGUCUGCGCAUGUUCCUCAACAACAGCAACAUCAGCAUCAAACGCAUCAUCAGCAGCCGCAUCCACCACAAAGUCAGCAGCAAUCACAUCAACCGCCGCAUAGCAUGCCGGCUCAGCCGCCAGUUAUGAUGAUGCAAAUGCGUCCACCACCAAUGAUGCCACCACCAUUCCCUGUGCCUGGCUAUAUGGCAUCAAUACCAACUGCAGGUCCUCCACAAAUUACACCAGCUCCUGCUGUUUUAGAUCAGGCCAUUAUACCCUUGCCACAGACCAUAGCAAUAGAUGAUGAACCACCAAGUAAGAAAUUGCGUUCAGAAGACAACUUAGUACCAGAAGCUGAAUUCAUAGCUAUGCAUAAGAGCCCAAUUACUAUACAAGUGCAAAUUCCCAAUGUUAUUGAAAAAUCUGAAUGGAAGCUGAAUGGCCAAACAAUUGCUGUAUCUUUGGCCCUAACCGAUGCUGUAACUUUAUUGAAAGGAAAAAUACAGGAAGAGACUGGUAUGCCACCAGCUAAACAGAAAAUUUCAUAUGAGGGUAUGUUCUUUAAGGACAGCAACACCAUGGCAUUCUACAAUCUGCUGAGUGGAGCCACCGUUCAUUUGCAAAUUAAGGAACGUGGUGGACGUAAAAAAUAAGCUGAAGUGUUCGUCAAUGCAACCUCACCAUAUUUAUACUUCUUUUUAAUUGAAAUAUUUACUACACUUAAGGAAGGUCAGUUAUUGUAGCGGAAAACAAUACCCCAAUACACAAAUCGAGAAUAAUGAGGACAACCAA